AUGGGUGCUAUCGUCGCAAUCCUGGCACGGGCAGUGUGCUUUUGUGCACUGUUAAAUCAUCUUGCGCAUGUUGGAGUCUCGGCAUAUUCAACAUCGCUCGCGAAAAGGGCGAUCGAUCCGGAAUGGGUAUACUCGGCCAAAGACUUCUUCAGAAGGGCGUAUCAUACGAGUGUCGUGGUCGGCAACCACCUAUACAUUGACGGAGGAGAAGUCUACUUCACCAGUAAUAACGCUGUUAAGAGCCUGCCCAUGAAUUCGACGUACUCCAUCGACCUCUCCGCAUCUUGGAAAAACAACUCUGUCGUGCUCAAUCCUAUUGAGAAGACUUCUCCUCCACCAAGUCUGAAUGUUGGCAAUUUAGUCCCCGAUCCGUCAGGCACGUCGUUCUAUCAGUGGAAUGGUAAGAUUACGCAGGCUCUGGACUACACGGAACUACCUGGACCCACGAAAGCCAAUUUGUGGCAGUGCAGAAUUGACGGCGAUUCGUGCGAAUGGUCUCUCGUCACUUCAACGAAUCUCAAACGCUUGGUUCGUUCGGCAUCGACCCAAGGGAACGGAACGGCCUAUUUCCUGGGUGGGUUUGGAGACUGGCGAACGGAUCUAGCUUAUUACUCUAAUGUUAACUUACGCCACUCUGCUGGUGGUCUAGUCACCUACGAAAUCAAGUCGCAGACUUGGAGCAAUGAGAGUAUCGAAGGCCUGGCGCCAACAGGGUGGUCGUUUGACGCCUCGCUCCACUACCUCGACGGCUUGACGAAUCAGGGUUUUCUGCUGGCUAUGGGCGGUGCGACGGCGGCGCCAGGAAAUCUUAAGUCAGGUGGAGAGUACUUGAAUCCAUUUAGCUAUGUCACACUUUACGAUAUAGAGGCCAAAAAGUGGUAUAACCAAUCGACCUCUGGAGAUGUCCCUCCCCGGCGAUACGAUAAAUGCUCACUGGGAAUUCCCGGUGACAACGGUACUUUUGAAAUCUUCCUAUAUGGCGGCUCUGUAAUCCCUACUGCCUCUUACGCGGAGGAGCAGCAGACCAACAUUGAUCUUGCCGAAGUUUACAUUCUCUCGAUACCUUCCUUUCGGUGGUAUAAAGCGAACACCAAUCCAACUGUAUCACGUUAUCGGCACACAUGCGAGAUAGUUGGUCAGAGACAGAUGGUUGUGAUUGGCGGUUUGACAUCGGGGGUGAAAUAUGCGAACUUGACUAAAGAUCCUCUCAAGCAAGGGUUAGGUAUCUUCGAUCUCACCACUUUGGAAUGGAGGAGUUCAUAUAAUGCUUCUGCAGAAGCCUACCGAAGUCCCGAUAUUGUAAAAGAGGACAUUCAGCAAAAUGGGCAGUAUCCUUCGAGUUGGGACUCGAAGGUUGUGGAAGGGUGGUUCAUUAACAAAGCCGUGGACAAUGCACCCAGCAACGCUACCGAGACGUCAAUCCCUGAUGUUAGUUCGGGGAAAAGCAGCAAUACAGGUGCAAUUGUGGGAGGUGUCGUUGGUGGUAUCGGGGGAUUGAUCCUAAUUGGGCUUGCGAUUUUCUUCUUCCGACGCAGAACUCGAAGUCGCAAGUCAAACAGCGCACAGUCUCUCCUCCAAACCAAGCAGCCAGAGUUCGAUCACCCGCCACUAGACCAACCAGUCUUGAAUCAGCCAGAACUGGAAGGCACACGACCUAAGAUCGAUUACUCCCAAGCGGAUAGUGGGGAGUUAGACUCAACGAACCGCUUCGAGCUCCCCGCGUAUGAGAAUCAGAAGCCAUCGAGACGAUAG